AUGGCUAUUGGCUACUGGUAUAUCUCGAUAUACCUCUCCAUCUACCUCUACGCGAUCUGGAUAGACCACUACAUCAUCCUCUACAUCUACGAAGUCAUUUCGUACAUUUUCAUCCUCCUUGCUCCCGUGGCCUGCAUGUGGCUCCUUUACAUCCUCAUCGACUAUAUGAUUCUAGAGGUCGGGCCGGAGAAGGGCCUCGUGUCCCUCCCGUUUUUAUGGCAGCUGUUCCUGGUGUGGUUCGGGUUACUGAUGUUCGGCAUUUCCGCUCUGAAGAUCAUGGACCGCGGCAUCUGGCUGCUCAAUCGCAUGGCCAGGAUCAUGCCGUUCGACCGCAGACAAGGAAGGCAUUCCUACCUGGUCCGCACGUUUGGUCCUCCAGAAAUCGUCGAGGCUGGCUCCUGA